CCCUCUCACUGUAGACAGACACAUAGCGCAGGACAGCUGACAUGAUUGACAGGCUGACAGCAGAAGUUGCUCCGCAGACAGACUCGUCUCCUCUGGACUGAAAACAUCCUCACACGCGCUCACACUGAUGUCUACUUAUUGGUUUUGCAUGAGAUGUGCACUUGACAUAUAUAUAUAUGUAUACACACAGUUUCUAGAUGCUUUGUACUGCGUGCUGUCCGUGCGUGCCGACUUUGUGUUUGCAGACUGUCCUCUUGUGUUUUGGAUUGCACCACGCACGAUGCCAUGAUAGGGGCGUAAUCUCAUGCGCACUUUCUAAAAAAUAAUAUCACGCUCAGUGAUGCGCUGGAGGUGAAGCUGCCAAUGAAACGCAGAGGAUGCGGGGGCAGGCACUCUGCAGCUCUGACUGACACCCUUGUUGUUAUUAAACGAGGACGCAUUAAUAAAGUGCUGUCAGACUGACACGUUUAUGAACAGGUGGAACAUGAACGUGCCAUAAGGAAAAUCACUGGAAAUCCCUAAUUCUCACAGCUUAACACGAGGGGGUCCUACACAUGGAUGAACUGGGGGAGGAGAGAGCACAGUGAGGCUGUCAUGUAAGCCGUCUCCUCUGAGGCCACCUCUCGGUGCGCACUGCUUCCUGCCUCAGGUAGAAACCUCAGUGUUUCUGUUGCUGAGGCGUCAGACUGCUCGCUCUCCUCUCCUCUCCCUCCCACUGAGAAGGCGACUCCACUCUCCAAGGCACUGAAAUGGACAAGAGCUGCUCAGAGUGUUCAGAGCCAACACUUGCACAGAGCCUGUGUACACUCUGCAACAAGUGGUUGUGUUACCAGUGCACAGAUGCACAUCAGCAUCAGAGAGCCACUUCAACUUCCCAGUACACAGACUUGCACCAACAACAGAGGCCCAGUGCCGCCCAGUGUCCCGACAUGCACCAGAGAGGCUCCAGCUCCCUGCCUCCGACUGGACAAGGCCCGGGGUCGUAUCCUUGUUCCCUCCUCAUGUGCCACUCUCACAGACAGGAGCCCUUGGAGCUGUUUUGUGAGUCAUGUGACCUUCUGUGCUGCAGCAGCUGUCACCUGUCCUCCCACAAAAACCACAGGGUGGUGCAGAUUGGGAAGGCCCUGCAGGAUCAGCAGUGGUUGUUUGAGAGCCUGAUGGUGCAGGUGGAGGAGAGGAGGUCUGCAGUGGAGAACAAUGCCAAGCAGAUAGAGGACAGAGUUCAUGGAGUAAAGAUUGCACACAGGAAGGCGGAGAACCAGAUUAAAAUGGCAAAGAUGAUUAUGAUGAAUGAGCUUAACAAACGAGCCAACCUAUUAAUAGAGCAACUGGAGAAAAUCUCAGAGGACUUCCAGCAGCGUCUGGAGGACCAGCUGCAGGGGGCAAUAGAGAUGUGUGGCCAGCUGGACCAUGUGCAGAAGUUCAUCACCUGGGCUACAACUCACCAUUGCAGAGGCCCGGUGCUCUUCAGCAGGGCACUGAUUUCACUCCAGAUGCAGCAACUGCUUGAGCCAUCACUUCACCCCGACUCUUGGAGUCCCGUGAAGAUCAAAUUCAACUGGGAUGCUAGUUACUGGACGAAGCAGAUUUCCUCUUUAGGCCAACUGACUGUUGAGGGAGGAAACUUCACCUACCCUCAGGGUUUGGCCUGCUCCAGUAUUCUGAGGCCACAGCCUAUCACCUGCUUGGCUCUGCCGUCUGUGUGUCACAGAGGACUAGAGUCAGGCUGUGGGUACCAGACCUGCUAUGAGUCCCAGAUGUGUUGCCUGCAUGGUAUUCCCUCUCAGCCAGAUCUGCCCAGACUGGACAAAAGCCAGCUGGGAGCCACAAUUUACAACUCCAGCUGUGUUCAGCCCACCCUUCUCGCUGCCUCCCUGCACCAGAACCAGCAGCUCCAGAGGUGCUGGGACCCAAACAGCUCCUCAGCCUUACAACCAUCCUCACAAUCAUCCCCUGUUGCGAUGAUCCAGCUCAAUUGCAGUCGUGCAUCCUCAUCCCAGCCACAAGCCGCUGCCUCCCAGCCCCUGUCUCAGACUAAAUCUUAUCUCUAUCACCAACACCAGAGGGAAGCUCUAUCAGACAGCCAGGCUCAGCCAAGUGCAGACCGUAGCAGGCCAGGCCGGGGCCAAAUGCAUGGCCAGCGUCAGGGGAAGGUGCCCACUAGCACAGCUCUGCAGCAGGAGCUCAGUCACACAGCUGUGGACCGAGAUGUGAUGACUGAAGAGAACUGGGAGGAAAGAUGCAGAGUUGAGGAGACUCGCGGACAAACAGCAGCGGUUGAACGUAGAGAGCUACUGGAUGAGGAGCUGCAGCAGAACAGGAGGGAGCAAAGUCCUGUCCAACAGCAACAUCACUUCCAAGUUUCUCCAGCAGCAGAGCUGAGAAAAGAGAGGACAAGACCUGCACUGAUGCUCAGAGACCACAGAGAUGGCAGGAGAUCCACGUCCCUGGAGGUGUCCAUGACAGCCCACGAGUGUGGAUCUGACGUACAGAGCAGCAGGCUCAGCCCUAGUUCAGUGUGCGCGAGGAGGAAGAGACGCUCCCAGAGCAUCCCGGCAGAACUGGCAGCCCCAUCCACCAGGCCUUACACUGAAAGGCCCACAGGAUGCACUCCCAGCCUGGAAGCAGGAGCUGCACAUAAGUUUGCUGGUAAGGAUCCCAGGCAGAGGAGAGCUUCAGAUGGCGUGCUUUGUGUUGUCAAGGAAACUUCGUUUGACAUGGCCCCCUCCAGAGGCUACCGGUCUCCAUUACUGUCCUAUAAGACAGAGCCAGAUCACUGUUUUACUUAUGUAAAUGAAGAGAUUGACUAUGAAGCCAAGGAAAAGUGCAGGUUGUCACGAAACAGUCACAACAGCAACAUAGAUGUUCAGAAGGACUUGGGAAGGCCCAGGGUUCCAAUGGUUUGCUUAGAGCGCCUCAAAAUCCUUGUGUCUCAACUCCCUCCACAUGGAAGACGGCAGAGUGACCCUUUACCUGCCAGCACGACGGAGAAGAGUGAAAGUUUGCUGCAGCAGAGGACCUGGCAUGAUGUAACCCUUGAAGGUAUAACUGGAGGCUCUGAGACCAUGAGGACCACACACUCAGUCACAGCGCCACCAUAUGCAGAGCGACAAACUUGCAAUCAGUCUACCACACACAUAACCAGCAGUGAGUUUGACACCCGAGGAAGACUCAGCACUCGCACAGUAUCUACACUGCCAUCCACUGACCCUGAAUAUGUGCCACAGGGUUGCUCUGCACUUGAUCUGGACUCGGACUCUGAUCCCAGGUCAGUCUCAGAAGUAGCAGUUGUUUCUCUGGUAGAUCCAGACUGUAACCCACAGCUAGACUCAGAUGCAUCACCAGAGUCUGACUUAAACGCAGAGUCUUCAUCUGAGGCUGAACUUGAAUGUCUGGCUGCGGAGAAAUCAGCAGCUGCAGGGGCAAUGGGGCCUCGUGAGGAAACUCACAUUGUGGGGGAUUCAGAGCCAAGUCUUGAAUAUGAGGCAGACCCAGAGUCAGAUGCAGGAGCGGGAUCUGAGGAUGUCCAAGGGCUGGACGCUGAUGCAGAAUCAGGCGAUGCUGAAACCGAGUCAGAUGUCCAGCCUGAAUACGAUCCCAGUUUUCAGGCAGAAACUGAUUCUGACGUUGUAUCCGAUCAGCCACUGGACUCUCAAGGCUCCUUGGAGUCUGAACUCGACAUUGAAUCUGAACCUGAACUGACAACAGACGACCCACAACCGCUUCGCUCUGACCUGGAAGAGGAGUCCCACAUUGGACCUAGUCAGAGGCCGCUUCUAAUCGCAAACCCAGUCCUGCAGAGGGGGAGGGAGGAAGUCCAACCUGAGCAGGACAAUGCAGAGAUGGAGAAUGAGGACUUCUGUGCUGUGUGUCUGAUCGGCGGGGACCUGCUGUGCUGCGAUCGCUGCCCAAAAGUCUUUCAUCUGUCUUGUCAUAUCCCGUCUCUACUAAGCUUCCCUUCAGGUGACUGGGUGUGCAGCCUGUGCAGAGAUGUUGUGCAGCCAGAGGUUCAGUAUGACUGUGAGAAUGAGAGAACGUCGGGGGAACACACAUCGGCACAUGGACUGUCUGCAUGUGACCAGAGAAAAUGUGAGCGGCUGACUCUUCUGAUCUUCAGUAACAUCCUGAGUGCUCCCUUCCAUGAGCCUGUCAGUCCACUUGCUCGUCAUUACUACCAGAUCAUCAAGAGGCCCAUGGACCUGUCUGUGGUCAGGGCCAAACUCAACAAGAAGAAUACCCGACAUUAUAACUCGCCAGACCAGUUUGUUGCUGAUGUCUGUCUUAUGUUCCACAACUGUGCUAAAUUCAAUUAUCCUGACUCUGAAGUGGCCCAAGCAGGACGCAGCUUGGAGGCGUUCUUCACCUCCAAGCUGAAAGAAGUUUUCCCUGACAGAGUUUUCCCUGUGGCUGAGGCGGACAGUGACAGUGACGAGUACGAUGAGGCCUACAGGGCCGCUGAGAGUGGUUUCCCCUGGCCGGAGAGGAGGGAGCAGUGUCACAGGAAGAGGAAGAGGAGACACUCUCUCAAGUCGAGGAGACAUCACUUCUAACUCAGAGGUGAAUGGAGUGCAACCAAGGACACAUGAGUAUGCUGUAUUUAUGUGUAAUUAUACUGCUUUGUUGAGCAGCCUUGG